AUGACGUCCGCAAAACAGGACAGCGCUACGUACAAUAUGACCUGCUUGCUGCGUGAGUGGGAUCGUUCACCGAAGGAGAAACGCCGACAGUUGCUUCAGGACUUUAUUGAUCAACACUGGAACCGAUCAGGACCGGAGUUGGAAUUGGAGCUAGCACAAAUGGCCAGUCUCUUUCUUGCGCGCAUCUGUGUCUGGGUCAAACUAACGUAA